AUGUUUCGAUUAAAUAGGCCGCGUCCCUCUAUGUGCUAUACUUUCUUACGGAGACAUCCCCAAAGCGAGAAAUGAAUUGAAGCAUCUCGGGAUCACUGGUAUGCACGAAAUACCUUACCGUGAUGACAUGCGCUCCGAUGAGGAUCAGUUGCAGUGGCUUGACCUCCUACGUGGAUGCCUUCACGAAGGUGACAAAGCAAGGUAUGAGAAACAGAUGAGCUCAUUGGUCGCAGAAAUGACGAAGAAACUUGAGUCUAAGCAACAACGCGUAGACACUUUGACCGAAAUCGUAGGAGAAAAAGAGCGAAAUGAGACGACUCUAAAACUACAAGUUCAGGAGCUAAAGAAAGGAAGAGAGGAAGACGGAGCAAGGUCUGAGAAAGAGAGGCGCUCAUUGGCAGAAGAUAUGACGAAGAAACUCGAGUCUAAGCAACAGCAUGUAGACGCUUUGACAGAAACCGUACGGGAGAAAGAGCGAAAUGAGACGACUCUCAGACAGCAAUUUGAAGAGCUAAAGAAAGUAGGAGAAGAAAACAGAGCAAGAACUGAAAUGGAGAAGCGCUCAUUGGCAGAAGAUAUGACGAAUAAACUUGAGUCUAAGCAACAGCAUGUAGACACUUUGAUGGCAACCGUAAGGGAGAAAGAGCGAAAUGAGACGACUCUAACACAACAAGUUGAGAAGCUUAAGAACGUAGGAGAAGAAAACAGAGCAAGAGCUGAAAAGGAGAAGCGCUCAUUGGUAGCAGAUGUGACGAAGAAACUUGAGUCUAAGCAACAACGCGUAGACACUUUGACGGAAACCGUAGGGGAGAAAGAACGAAAUGAGACGACUCUAAGACAGCAAGUUGAAGAGCUAAAGAGAGGAAGAGAGGAAGACAGAGCAAAAUCUGAGAAAGAGAUGAGUGCAUUAGCAGCAGAUAUGACGAAGAAACUUGAUUCUAAGCAACAGCAUGUAGACACGUUGACAGAAAUCGUAGGGGAGAGAGACCGAAAUGAGACGACUCUAAUACAGCAAGUUCAAGAGCUAAAGAAAGGAAGAGAGGAAGACCGUGCAAGAGCUGAAAAAGAGAAGCGCUUAUUGGAAGCAGAAAUGAAGAAUAAACUCGAGUCUAAGCAACAAUGCGUAGACACUUUGAUGGAAACCGUAGGGGAAAAAAAGCAAAAUGAGACGACUCUAAGACAGCAAGUGAAAGAGCUAAAGAAGAAGCAUGAUUAUAAGGAACAACUUUUGGAGCAACUUGAGCGUGAGACCUGGAGGCUGAGAACCAAAAUUCAACUAGAAAGUGAGAUUCGAUCAGCAGAACAGAAGAAGAAAGCAGAGUCACACCAAUGGAGUUUCAUUCCUUGGGUAAUUUCUGGAAAACAAGCUCAGGGUGGCACAUCAUCAUUUGAGGAUAAUUCAACCGGAGGACUGGGAAGGAGUGAUACAUUACAAGCAGGAGAGGAGCCCCCAGAUGAUGAGUUUGCAGGCAUAUUACAGCAGAUAGCUGACGAUCUUUACGAUGAAGCCAAGAUCGACAGCCUUGCUGGUCAGCUGGGAAUCCUACAUGGUGAUAUACAGAGAGCGCUCAUGACCAAUGUGAAGUUCAACCGAGUUACCAGUGAUGGAACUCGCCAUAUACUGAAACAAUGGAGAAGAGGUGUGUCCAGGGAAGAUGAACGGAUUGAGCUUACGAAGGCACUGCACGCUGCCAAGUUGGUCAACCUUGCAGACCUGUAUCUCAGCGAAGGUGUAGCAGAAGAACAGAUCGAUUUGGAGUAUGCCAACGAAGACGUCAAUGAUCAGCAACUCUCUGAUACAGAUGACACCUCUCUAGAACAGGACCGGACCAAAAGACACACUGACAUCCAGGUACUUCAGGGAGCUACAGCAAUCAGUAACCACACUCCUCGAGAUGGGCAUACAGGAAACAUGGCUGCCAAAGCACAGGAGAACGUGGCAGAUGGUAGUAGGAGUCAACAUCUUGACCAAUCGCCAGAGCGCAGUACAGAGGACUUGGAUGAAUCUGAAGUGACUUCUGAAGAAGUGUCCUCAAAAGAAGUUCAUCCUGGAGAUGAUAUGAACAACGUUAGUAGCAUUCAACCUACUGAACAAUCGCCCAGCCAUGAAAUACAAGUCCUACCUGAAGAUAUGUCUGAGAUUACCCCUCUGGUAUCUUAUGGUGGGAAACCCAACGAGGAAUCCACCACCUUGGAUAAAAGCCAUGUAGGCGGAAUCAUAAGUAACGAAGAAGAUCUGAUUUCUCAACUCGUUCUUACUGAUACAUCCCCAGAGAAAAUAUUGCUAAUUUUCCUGGUAAAGAUAGUAAUGGAUGCUUCCCAGAAAGCAUUCAGUUUAUAA